CACCCUCGCCGACGCCAUCACCGCUAUCCACGCCACCUACAACGUCCCGCACGUGAUCAUCACCUCCGUCCAAAUCGCCAACCUCUCCGACUCUCCCCUCCCCAACACCCUGACCGUCAUCGGCUCAACCACCCGCUCCGACGGCUCCCCACGGCUUUUCCGCGUUGACGUCCCCGCCCUGGAUUGCUACUUCAGCGGCACCGGCGACAUGUUCGCCGCCCUCACGGUCGCCCGACUCCGCGAGGCCGUCUUCAACGCCGACCCGGCCCUCCGCACUACUAAAUCGUGGGUGUCCCCGGAUGAGGUCCCCGCUACCGAGCUCCCUCUCGCCCAGUCAACCGUAAAGGUACUAGCGAGUAUGCACAGCGUGCUCGAGAAGACUCUGGAGGCACGCGACGCCGAGCUGCGCGCUCUGAUCCCCGAUGAGAGCGAGACACUGCUCGGUGAGGCAGAACGGAAGAAGAAGGAACAUUUACGCGAGAGUAAAGCGGCUGAAGUGCGUGUUGUUCGGCAUGCGCGGUACCUCCGAGAACCGGAUGUGGAGUUCCGGGCGAGUGAGUGGCGGGCGGAGGAUUUGCCGAUGCAGUUUCGUUGAGAGCUUAGGUUGGGGGAGGGGGGGGUUUGGAUAGCAUAGUACAUAGAACAUAGAUGGUGAGGUUGGUUUAUUUCGGGUAUAUGCUUAUACUUAUACUUAUACUAUCAUACUACUAGUCAUGACCAGCGAUGAAAUGCAGCGAACUAAAAAACAGCAUUACUAUGUG